GUGUUUACAAAGUGCGUUUCCCCUGUUGGGUGAAUGCAGUUAGAGGGAGUCCUGCACAGACUACAGUAAUUCCCCUGCAAGGGCGACUUGAAACCGGCUGCGCUGAAUAGCAUUUACUCUUCCCGCUGCCUCCCACCGCUGCAGCAUACAUACCCCGGAAGUUUAGCCCUUCAUUGCUCGCGAAACUUUCUCCACACUGCCUGUUUUUUUUUAAUCUUUUGGAUGAAUUUGCAUGCUCAAACUGCAAAGCCGUGCGGUUACCAGGAGGCUGUUGGCGCAUUAAUUUAGGAGUGACAUGGCAAUACAUUGUUCUGUAUAGAUCUGUUGCAGAUUCUGGCUGACAGUAUUUAAGUAUUUGCAGAUGUCGCAUAACUUUAACCAAGAUGGAAGCAUUUGCCUGGGAGAACAGCAAUUUCAGCAGUUCUGUAAAUUGUUUAUUAAGCAUUCAGAUGAAAUCUGCAAUGGCUGGGAGUGGAAGCAAAAGGAGCUCAAUGAGGGGUACAUGGUAAAAGUACACUUGAGAGCUAUAAAUUCCAAGAACAACUUAGGUGUGAGAGACCAUUGCUUUCAAGGUGUUCAGUGUCAUGAAGCAGAGCCUUUGUCUGAGGAAGAGGUUAAUAUGGAAAAUGUUAGCAAUGACACUGAGGAAGCCCAGGUCACAACACCCGAAUUAAUUCGGUACGAGUACCAUGUUGUCUACUCCAGCAGUUAUCAGGCACCUGUGCUGUAUUUCAGAGCUUGUUUCGCAGAUGGCAAACCACUUGCAUUAAAAGAAAUUUGGGAAAAUGUUCAUGAUUGCUACAAAGAACGCCUCCUUCAUGGAUCCUGGGGUACUAUUACACAACAGGAGCACCAUUUACUUGGCCAACCAUUUUUUGUUCUGCAUCCUUGUCGAACAUCUGAAUUAAUGACUCCAAUAAUGGAUGGUGCCACACAGGAGCAGAGGAAUGUAAAUUACAUCACAAGCUGGCUGAGCAUGAUGGGGCCAGUAGUGGGACUCGACGUGCCGUUGAGCUAUGCCACAGCUGUGUCACAGGGCAUUUUUGACCUAAAUUGAAAAAAGUAUGUGUGUACAAUAUAUUUAUUUUCCACAAUGUGCUUUCAGUUUAACAAUUUUUUAGCAGAAGCAAAUAUGUGGAGCAGUAGUUGGAAACAAAGGACUGAAAUCAAGAAUUAUGUUUUUCAUUGUUGUAGGGAAUGUUUGUGAUGAGAAAUAUAAAUAUUACACUUCUUUGGUGUGUAGAUAUUUCAAUUAUCAAUAAUCCCACUUAGCUUGUAAAUCUUUAACACCAGAUCUUUUGUACUGAGGAACAGGGAAGGUGGUGGCUGUAUUGGAGAAAGAGAAGUGGAAAUGUUUUUGAAAGCAAAGUGGUAGUGAUCCAAUGAAGGGUCAUGGGGAUUGAAUGUAUAUGAGCAUGUCAGUUAUUCUAGUUUGAUCAAAAAGGGUUUGCUGUUCUUGCUGUUACACAGUAGGGAUUUCCUAAUAAUGUUCGUAUUGAUAAAUCUUAACAUGCAAUAACAUUUCCAUUUUCUUUGCCAGACCAUUAGUUCAAAAUAAAGCAUUUCAAUUUCUUGUCUGGUAUAAAUGAAAGAUUAUUUAGGUUACAUAAAAUUAAUAUUCGUUUGAUGAGCAUAAUACUCUACUCUUAAAUUUCACAUUAUACAACUACAAAUCACUGGUGCUGCCUCAAUGGGUUGAAUGUCCUUUUAUCAUGCUAUCACAUUUUAUGGUUCCAUGAAUGCAAGUAUAGCUGAGGGACUUGACUAACUUUAAAUUCUGCACUUAAGUUUUCUGCAGGGUGACAAGUUCCAGCAAACAUCAUCUUGGUAGGUGGUCCCUUCCCACCUCAUUCCAGUGGGGGGGGUCACUCGAGGAACAGAGACUGGUAAACUGAAAUGUGUGCAAACCAUUAUGCACUCCUAACUAAGAAAAAAAUGUGUGGGGAGGAACCAGAAAAUUACAUAACAAAGAAGAUUUUCUAGUUUCUUUUUUUCUAGAGAAUAUUUGGAGUCAAUAAAUUUUUAAAAAUCAGUGGCUGUUUAUUGCUGAGAGUAUAGCCACCACUGAAUUCUGAGAAGAAAAACAACAAUUUUUAUCCAAAAUCAAAUGACCAGCUUCUUACUUGCACUGUCAAGCUUCGUUCUUAGUAUUUACUACUUAAUCACUCUGUGAUUAGUCUGUGCUGAUGAAGAAAACUUACCUUUGACCAGUAUGAUUUUAAUAGUUAACAAAAGAAUCUGUGUUCUCUGAGCUUUAAGAUUUUUUUUAGACACUGUGGCAGUGAAAGCUAAUGUGGACAUGUGUGCUGAAGUGUAGCAGAAUGCACUUAACACUAAAAGGAAGACAAAUUUUUGACUGAAACCUUGGGAUAUUUGGACACGAUAAAAUGAAAUUAAAACUGAGAAUAAACUAGAUCAGCCUGAGAAGAGGAAAACCAAUUUUUUUUGUUUAUAAACAUUAAUAAUAUGCUGUAAUUUUUGAAUGAUACAGAGAAGCUCUCUUAAAAACCGUUUCUUCUUGCUCUAAAUAGCAGACACAAAGAUUCAAACACAUGGAUGGAUGCAUUUUGUUUUGAACAUAUAGUUUACAUUUUCUUUGUUUUUGGAAGUGUCUUAGUGUCUGCAAAUCUAGCUUAAUGUUGACACAUAUUGUGCAAAAGAAAUAAGUGAAAAUAAGGUAUUAUAGAAGCUGUUACGGAAUAGCACAAAUCAGAAUGAAAAUACAAUGGAGCCCUCUUCAGGUCAACUUAAGUUACCUCUAGAAAUGCCUAUAACUGUCAAUUUAAAAAUAGAUAUAAGCAUAUCUGUUAACAUAAGUUAAUGUUAUAAAGUUGAACUAUGGAAUAUUCUUGGAGAAUUUUUUCAUGUAUUUGUACUCACUAAUUUGUUUUUAUUGCUAAUGUUUAAUUUGUUUUGUACUUACUCAAGCAAUAAACAGUACUCAAGA